CCGUCGACUUAAGUUAUAGUGGAAACCAUGGCGUUCAAGAGUUUGUGUUUAGUACUGUGUGUGAUGCUGUUCACGAUGGAAGCACAUGGUGCCAAAACCUAUGUGGCAUACAAACGCUCCCUCAGCUUCUUCCAAGCCUGGCAACAAUGUCGCAUUAGUGGUGGACAUUUAGCCUCUAUUGAGUCGGCCGAAGAAAAUGCGCGAGUUGAGGCUGCCAUCAGGGCUGUAGGAGAUUUUACCAAAGAAUGGAUCAUUGGGGCCACAGAUCUUGGCGCGGAAGGUAAUUUCAUAUGGAUUGGCUUGAACAAAAAAGCCACGUACCUUAACUUUGGCCCAGGAGAACCUUCCAACAACGGCGGUACUGAAAAUUGUUUAGUGAUGGGAAGCGGAGGAGUAAGCAAGUGGAACGAUGUUACGUGUGAUAAUACACGGGCUGGUGGGUACGUUUGUGCUUUUGGUCGCUGAAAAUAAACAUGCUGAAUAAAAUAUAUAUAAAACAUAAAUUAAACCUUUGGAGAAGACUUUUGCUUGCAUAUUUUACAUACAUACUUUUCCAACGUUUCAGACGAAUGAUAAUGAUUUGAAAGGUCUAAAAUUUUACUAUCAAUAAAAGAUUCGACGAGAAACAUAGACGACCAACAGAUGCGGCAACAAAUAAUCCAGUACGGCAAAUUACAACAUUUUUGCAUCGGGAUGUGAGCGUAGUUCUUUAGAGUUAAUGUGCGUUCCGGAGUGCAAGCACGGCUUCGGAGCCGAUUCCUGCUAAACGGCUCCGAAGUCAGUUCCGAAACAACGGCUCCUGAACCUGCACGAGAAUUGGAAGAGCUCUCGUUUCCGCUUCUAUUUAUCCAUUUCUCCUUGUCAUAUUCUUCCAUUUGGUGCGCACUAUUUUCCUUACCCUUUGUCCCGAUAAGUGUUGUGUUAUUCCUGUAGCUGCUCUGAAACUUAAUCUUCUUCUUUCUUCAUUUUCUCGGCGACCAGAUUAUCCGAUCACGUUUAUCCAAGACUUGGGAAUUGGAUGUUGGACAAAAAUCCUUCUCAAAAUCAAUUCCAUAGUUAGUAGAGUUUGGAGGAAUCUUGGAUUGCUUAAAGCCAUUGCUCACGGCUUCUUGGGUUAUCUUAUCUGCUUGAAAACUUUGUAGUAGUGUUCGCUGGUCAGAUCGCUGGAUAGGAGAUAUGAUUUAUGUUGUACCAAUAUCAGAUACUUAUUUAUUCCCGAGCUUUUCUUUCAUUACGACU